ACUGUGAAGCAAACUGGAAACUAGACGACUGACUGAGAGAUUCCUGUUGUCGUUUGCUAACGUCGCUGCAGCCUCUCCCCUUCUGUUUUAUGAGAAAAGGACAGCGGCUCCAGUCGCUCCACGGAGGUUUGUGGUGCUCCUCUUUAGAGUUUCCUGCUGUUACAUGGUAACACAGAGCUGAAGUCUAGAGGGUGUUGAAGAUGGCAGUGUGGAUCCAGGCCCAGCAGCUCCAGGGAGAUGCUCUGCACCAGAUGCAGUCUCUGUAUGGCCAGCACUUCCCCAUUGAGGUGCGGCAUUAUCUGUCCCAGUGGAUAGAGGGCCAGCUCUGGGAUGUCAUAGACCUAGAGAACCCGCAGGAGGAGUUCAAGGCCAAGCGCCUCCUGGACAGUCUGAUACAGGAGCUGCAGAACAAGGCUGAGCACCAGGUGGGAGAAGAUGGCUUCCUCCUCAAAAUCAAACUGGGACACUACGCCAACCAGCUCAAGAGCACGUAUGACCGCUGUCCUCUGGAGCUGGUCCGAUGCAUCAAACACAUCCUCUACACAGAGCAGCGGCUCGUCAGAGAGGCUACAAAUUCGAGCUCUCCGGUGGGCGGGAUGAUGGACAGCAUGUCUCAGAAAUACCAACAGAUCAACCAAGCUUUUGAGGAGCUUCGUCUGAUGACCAGCGACACUGAGAACGAUCUGCGCAAACUUCAGCACAACCAGGAGUACUUCAUCAUCCAGUACCAGGAGAGCCUCCGCAUCCAGGCUCAGCUGACCAGCCUGGCCACGCUGCCCCCUGCUGACCGACAGCUACGGGAGCCUGCCCUUCUCAGCAAGAGAGCCACUGUGGAGACAUGGCUGACCAGAGAGGCCAACACACUACAGAAAUACAGACUGGACCUGGCAGAGAAGCACCAGAAAACACUGCAGCUGUUGAGGAAGCAGCAGACCAUCAUUCUGGAUGACGAGCUGAUCCAGUGGAAGAGACGGCAACAGCUGGCAGGCAACGGGGGCCCACCAGAGGGAGGCCUGGACAUCCUGCAGUCCUGGUGUGAGAAGUUGGCAGAAACUAUCUGGCAGAACAGGCAACAGAUUCGGAGGGCAGAGCACCUCAGACAACAGCUGCCCAUCCCUGGUCCCAUUGAAGAGCUACUCAACGAACUAAACAGCACUAUCACGGAUAUCAUUUCUGCACUGGUUACCAGCACCUUCAUCAUCGAGAAACAGCCUCCACAGGUGUUAAAAACCCAAACCAAGUUUGCCGCUACAGUUCGGCUCUUAGUGGGAGGGAAGUUGAACGUGCACAUGAACCCUCCGCAGGUCAAAGCAACCAUCAUUAGUGAACAGCAAGCCAAGGCCCUGCUGAAGAAUGAGAACACAAGGAAUGACAGCAGUGGAGAAAUUCUCAACAAUAACUGUGUGAUGGAGUACCACCAGACUACAGGCACUCUCAGUGCCCACUUCAGGAACAUGUCUUUGAAGAGGAUCAAGCGAUCGGACAGGCGAGGAGCAGAGUCUGUCACAGAGGAGAAGUUCACCAUUCUGUUCGAGUCCCAGUUUAGUGUUGGAGGCAAUGAGCUUGUCUUUCAAGUGAAGACAUUAUCACUUCCUGUAGUGGUGAUCGUUCAUGGUAGCCAGGACAAUAAUGCCACAGCAACCGUGUUGUGGGACAACGCUUUUGCAGAGCCGGGACGGGUGCCUUUCCUCGUGCCAGAUAAAGUUCUUUGGCCUCAGCUGUGUGAUGCCAUCAACAUGAAGUACAAGGCUGAGGUGCAGAGUAACCGAGGCCUGUCCGAGGAGAACCUGGUCUUCCUGGCUCAAAAGGCCUUCAGCAUCUCCAGCAACAACCCUGAAGACUACCGCAACAUGACUAUGACCUGGUCACAGUUUAACAGGGAAAGCCUGCCAGGGAGAAACUUCACAUUUUGGCAAUGGUUUGAUGGUGUGAUGGAACUCACAAAAAAGCAUCUCAAACCACACUGGAAUGACGGAGCCAUCUUGGGCUUCGUGAACAAGCAGCAGGCUCAGGACAUGCUGAUGUCCAAACCCAAUGGUACUUUCCUUCUGCGCUUUAGUGACUCUGAGAUCGGAGGGAUUACAAUAGCCUGGGUGGCAGAAAAUCCUAACAAAGCAGGUGAGAGAAUGGUUUGGAACCUCAUGCCCUACACAACCAAAGACUUCUCCAUUCGCUCCCUGGCUGACCGCAUCAGCGAUCUCAAUCACCUCCUGUUCCUCUACCCCGACAGACCCAAAGAUGAGGUUUUCUCCAAAUAUUACACCCCGCCUCUCUCCAAAGCAGUGGACGGCUAUGUGAAACCACAGAUCAAACAAGUGGUGCCCGAGUUUGCUACAGCCAAUCCAGACCCUACAAGCGGGAAUCCAACCUAUAUGGAUCACGGCGCAUCCCCAGCACCUGUCAGUCACGCUCACACCUAUGGCAUAUACCCUAUAAGUGACUCUAUGUUGGACACGGAUGGAGACUUCGACCUGGAUGACACCAUGGACGUGGCGAGGCAUGUAGAGGAGCUCCUCCGGAGGCCUGUGGAGAGCCAGUGGGGUGGCCAACAGUCAUGACCCUUGACCUUUUAACCUGCGACAACACCAAAUGAACCCUGCCUCCCACUUGCAUUGACAUUUUUCAUGGUUUAAUUCCAUUCAUUUCUCUUUGGUUUCAGAUAGCUGUAAUGUGAAAUGUGUUAAUAAUGGUUGUGAUUUUUUUUUUUCUUUUCAGCAUGAGAGCAUGCACGUCCGUGACUUCUCUUAGUUUUAUUUGUGUCCAUAAGUGUUUGUAAAACAGGCUAGGUAUAAUGCAAAACCUACAAUGUUACAGUAUUGUGAAAAAAAAAAGAAGAAGUAACGUUCACUCA